AUGGCUAAAUCGGGCCUCGACCACCGUGCCGCAGGCCGAGCGUACGAUUUGAAAAGCGACAAGGUGAGCGCCAUGGGAAUCGGAUUAAAUUCCCACACGCUUUUGAUCAUCAAGCUCCCGGAUUCAAGGGCUCUCCGAAUUCUAUCCAGAUCGCUGUUGUUGGCGAUUGUUCUUCUCACAUUACCUUCGAUCGCCUCCGUAAUUGGAGGUGGAGCCUCUCCUAAUCAUGGGCCGGCGGACAUCUGGCCCGAUUCUGGCCUGGGCUUCAUCGAAGGGCCCAGAAUCCUCCCAAUCGUUCUCCACGACCUGGUGGACGAAGGCCUUAUCAGGAAAGGCCACAGCGGUUUUGUUCUGCUCCCCAGCCUGAAAGCCAUUGAAGGCGAUCUCGAUUUCUUGAGAGAUGACGGCAUUGAUUUGCUUGCUGGUGCUAAUCCGACCGUGAGUGAGACCUUCGAUUUUGUGUUCCUGCCGAAUUUCAAUGGUAUUCAGAUGAUUGAUGGUAUUGCCAAGAGUGGCGCUCUUGUGGUGGCUCCUCUUAGGCAUGAACAUGAUCCCUUGAACGGGCUUCGACUGCACACGGAUUUCAAAAUCGUGUAUCUGAGAAGAUUCGAGAGCACAUUUGUCGCGCUUCGGAAAAUAAAAUCCGACGGAUUGCCGAAUUCGAAGCAAGUUUCUUCUUGCAGAGUUGUUACUCACGAGAAGAAAAAGAAGGAAGAAGCUUUGAAAGGGUUGGAGGACGUGUACCUCGAACCUCCGAGACAGGGAAAAACGAAAUCUGCCGGGAGAAGAAAAAAAUCGAGCUUCUUCACGUCUAGGAAAAUCAAAUUCCUUCCGAAUCUGUUGAAGGACUCGUUGGACGUGUACCGAAGAAGGGUGUUCAUAUCCGACGACUCGAGGGCAUUUGAUUGGUUCUACAAGAAUUACCCGAUGAAUGAUCAAGAAUUCGAAGUCUACCAAUUGGGGGCAGGACUUGAAAACAAGAUGGGAAGUAGUGAUUGGUUGAGGAGGAAUAAUGUCGAUGUGGGACCUGAGGAUUAUGUGGUGAUGAAGGCAGAAGCAGUUUUGGUGGAGGAGAUGCUGAGAGAUAGGAGUUUGUGUCUUGUGGAUGAGUUGUUUUUGGAGUGCAAGAAUGAGUGGGAUGAUGGUAAGAGUAAGAGUAAGAGGGCUUAUUGGCAGUGUUUGGCUUUGUAUGGUAGAGUGAGGGAUGAAGGGAUUGCUGUGCAUCAAUGGUGGUAUUGA